GAUAGUUGGCAAAGGAGCCAAAAGAGGAGCACAUGCAAAACACCAGAGAAGUUUAGUAAGGGGGAACAAGUGAUUGAGCCUUCAGGGUGAAUAACAAGUCAUGCAAGAACAAGAGUUAAGCUGGACAAGAGAGCACCAUUCAGCAGAAGAGAGAAAGGGUGAGGGUAGGCUGCAGAAGCGGAGAUAAGCAGUCCACAGCAAAAUUAGUCUACAGAGAAAGAGGGGUUGACACCGGACUGAAGAGAGAUCAAGGUUGACUCAAGUCUUUGCUGCCUCUAACCUGAUUAGGGAGAAUAGUAGCAGCAGUGGAGGAGAGCCGGGAGACCCGAUCAACCGAAAGUGAGAGCCGGCAAGAGAGAAAGAAAAAGAAUUACAAGAGGACGUUCGGUGAAAGAAGCCUCUUAAAUCUGGGAGCUGGAAUUAGAGCCGUAGGAACUGCAGAGGGGAAGCCACAAAACCACAGUGAAGAUGCCCACAAAUGGGAACCGUCCGCUGAAACUGCAGUUUGGUCUAAUCAAUCAUGAGGGUCGCUACCUUACUGCUGAGACCUUUGGCUUUAAGGUGAAUGCAUCAGCUCCCAGCCUAAAGAAAAAGCAGAUAUGGACUCUAGAGCAGGACUCCCAAGACAUCCAGGUAGUCUAUUUACGCAGUCACCUGGGACGCUACCUGGCCUCUGACAAGGAUGGCAAAGUCACCUGUGAGGCAGAUGGCCACAAUUCAGACUGCCGCUUUCUCAUCGUGGCUCAGUCAGAUGGCCGCUGGGCGCUGCAGUCUGAGCAGUUCCUCCGCUUCUUCGGCGGCUCUCGGGACUACCUGUCCUGCUUUGCCCAGGUGAUCACAGAUGCUGAGCUGUGGGCAGUGCACCUGGCACUGCAUCCCCAGGCUAACAUGCUGUCUGUGGCCCGUAAGCGUUAUGCCCACCUCUCUAUGGAGGAUGGAGAAAUUGCUGUGGAUCUGAACAUUCCCUGGGGUGUGGCAGCACUCCUAACGCUUGUCUACCAGGAAGGAAAGUAUUGUCUAAAGACCUGUGACAGCCGGUUCCUCAGCAACGAUGGAAAGCUCUUAAUGGAGAGUGGAAGGGCCACGGCGUACACGUUGGAGCUGAAGUGUGGGAAGCUGGCCUUCAAAGACUGUGAGGGCAAGUAUUUGUCUCCCAUGGGGCCAACAGGGACCCUGAGGUCUGGACGGUGCUCCAAGCCAGGCAAAGAUGAACUAUUUGACCUGGAGGAGAGCCACCCACAGGUGGUUCUGACAGCUGCCAAUGGGCGAUACGUAUCCAUAAGACAAGGAGUAAGCCUCGCAGCCAAUCAGGAAGACGAGACGGACAUGGAGACGUUUCAGAUGGAGAUUGACAAGGAAACCAAGAAGUGCACGUUCCGCACCAGCCAAGGGGACUACUGGGCUCUGGUGGCUCAUGGAGGCAUCCAGAGUACUGCAACUGAAGUGUCAGCAAACACCAUGUUUUCAGUGGAGUGGCUUGGCCACAAGGUGGCACUAAAAGCCAGCAAUGGCAAAUACAUCUGUACCAAGAAGAAUGGCCAGUUAGUCGCUGUCAGUGACUCCAUAGGGGGUGAUGAACAGUUCACUUUGAAACUAAUAAACCGACCCAUGCUGAUCCUUAGAGGGCAGAAUGGAUUCAUCUGCCGCCACAGAAACUCUAACACACUGGAUGCCAGCAGAUCUGUCUAUGACAUUUUCACUCUGCAGUUCAGCAACGGAGCCUACCAUAUUAAAGGUGUUGAUGGCCAGUUCUGGUACGUGAACAGUGCCGGGCUGGUGUGUUCAGAUGGCGAGGCCCCUGAGGAUUUCACUCUGGAGCUACUUGAGCAUGGUCGCCUCGCCAUCCGUGGAAAGAAUGGCAAAUACCUGCGUGGAGACCAGGGAGGCACACUGAAGGGAGAUGGACUCAGUGUGAGCAGCUCAGCCCUCUGGGAGUAUUAAUACAAACCAAUAUUUGUCCAAAUUUGAAUCUCGGCUCUUCUCAUUGUUGGCAGUAACUGCUUAAUGUGACUCUUAAGUCACAGUUUUUUUCUCCUUCCUUUUGCAAAGAGUAAUCAGAGAGGCUUGGAGAGCUAGGUGAACGAAGAGAAUACGGCAUAUACUGGGCCAAGAGAAUCUUGAUGAAAUGAACAGUGUUUUGAGUGAGGAUUACAACAAUUAGUAUUAAUGAACAGUUAAUUUCUGAAACUAAAGAACAAAAAGAUGAAGAUUUUUGGCAGAUUUAGAUAUUAGAAUGACAUAAAUAAGACUUUUCAUUAUAUCAUCUUCGUGUCCAUCUGUAUCUUUGUUGCCUUUUUACCACUCCAAACAUGUAUUACUUGAGCAAGCCAGCAAAGUUGUAGUGUGGGCAUGUAAUGGUACCUUUCACUCAUUAAGUCAAGUGUCUCAGGGUGCCAUUUGAGACAGACGUAGUCUAGUCAUUAUUAGAAGUGAUGUCACCCUCAAGGGGGGGGUGAAGUCAUGCAUGAUAUUACUGUCUGAGUUUAUUAGGAGAUUAGAGUGACAAGGUUAGAAAAAGCUACCUGUAGAAACAGAGAACGAGUCGUGCUGGGCGUGUUUUGUUUUGCUUUUUUUUUCUUGCAUUUUUUGUUGAGGUAUAAAAACAACUUUUAUCAGAAUUACAGGAACUAGGGGUAUCCUAAAAAGUUGAAAAUAUGAUUCCUUCCCAUUAUCUUGACAAAAUUAGCAGUACUAUAUUGUGUGAGUGCCAUAGCAGUCAAUAAAACGAUGACCAAUUUCAUGCCUUGUUGAUGUCAGAGAUCAGAGGAGAAGCUCAUAGGAAGGAAACAGCAACUCAAAUACAAACAAGGUAUGCAGAAGAGCAUCUCUGAACAUUCAGCAUGUCGAACCUUGAAGCAGAUGGGCUAUAGCAGCAGAAGACCACACUGUGUUCCACUCGUACUGAGGCUACAAAUCAGAAGUACUCACCAAAAAUUGGACAAUACAAGACUGGAAAAAGAAACACUGCCAUCGGCGUAAUGGUGUGGGGAUAUUUUCUUGGCACACUGUGGGUCCCUUAGUACUAGCCUACACACCACAGCCUACCUGACUAUUGUUGCUGAUCGUGCCCAUCCAUUUAUGACCACAGUGUACCCAUCCUCUGAUGGCUGCUUCUAGCAGGAUAUUGCACACAAAGUUCAAAUGAUCUCUGGCCUCUUGAACAUGAGUUCACUGUAGUCACCAGAUUUCAAUUUAAUAGAGCACCUUUGGGAUGUAGUGCAGUCAAUAAAUCUGCAGCAACUGUAUGAUGCUAUCAUGUCACUAUGGACCAAAAUCUCUGAGGAAUGUUUCCAGCACCUUACUGAAUCCAUGCCAAGAAGAAAUAAAGGCAGUCCAAGGGUGUCCUAGCCUGGUACUAAGGCAUACCCUAAUAAAGUGGCCAGUGAGUGUAUAAUCAAGUGCACUACUGAUGUUAAUUAGUACUAACUAACUGCCGAGACUGGUUCUGUUUUUGGAUGCAUUUUAGCCGCCAUAGUGAGAGAGUUUAACAGCUAAGAAACAAAGAUUUCACCUGGGUUUCUCCACAAGUUAGGACCUGCUGCUGCUGCUGCUGUGUGCAUGUGGAGACCAUCAGACUGCACAAAUGACACCUUGAUGCUAGCAGGUGUUACUGUUGCUAUUCCUGUGAAGGCAUCAGAAAGUGCUGGUACUCAAAUUAUGGCACACUGGCCAGUUGCUUACUGACUUUCUCCUCCUAAAUGUCCUU